AGCCGCCGGCGCGCAGCUCAGUACGCGCCGCGCCACGGUCGGGGAACGUCAACAAUGGCUGUUACGCGGCUUCCAUACUGCGUUUCCGUUUAGAAAUCCUCUGAUCGCGAAUUGAGAAUGGCGGAAUGAAAAGCUGAGGAGACUUGCUGCCUGUCCACACGGGCACUCCACACCCACAGUCUGCUACCCGUACCUUUCCGUUUCGAGGGGAUGUUGCCCCAUGUAGAACCACACACUGUGAAUGUGGCAGUGCAGGUGUAAACAGUGGCAUGGAGGUCGUGACGUCACCGAGCAGGCUGCGGGACUUGUGCGGCCGGCGGACCGCCCCGGCCUUGGCUGCCACUGGGUUGUCAUGGCAACCGAACCGCAGCGUCACCCGACGGACUGCCCGAAUAGCCAGGGAAGUGUACAGCGUCUGGUAUGGUCGCGUUGGCUCGACAAACCAUGUUCCUUCAGAAAAAGUUCAGCAACUUUUUAACGAUAUGCAGCUAUAUCCUUCAAAAUCGCAAGUGUACGAGAUGCUUCAGUGUGCGAAGGAGUGUGCGAACAGGAGUUCGGCGUGCUACCUUACGUUCGGCGAGUUCUGCAUUUUCGCUACGGAACUCAAGAGGUGCUACGAAAGAGGGAUACCCAGGCCUGUGCAACUAUCCAGAUUGCUGGACAAAGAUGGAGAAGAUAAGAAGAGAAGGAACAGGAAAAUGUCAAAGGGCAUUCCGAAGUAUGAAGUAUUUCUGGGAGGAUCAUGUAAUCCAACUACAUGGCGGCAAGACACAGCAAUCCCAAUGCUUAAGAGACUUGGCAUCACCUAUUACAAUCCUCAAGUUUCACAUUGGGGCCCAGAGCUUAUUGAACUGGAAUACCAGGCGAAGCAAAAUGCAACAGUGUUGUUCUUCGUUAUUGACAACCAGACACGGAGCAUUGCAUCCAUCAUUGAGGCAGCUCAUAUUUCUGGAAAGAGGCGGAAACUUAUCUUGGUCAUACAUACCUACCAAGGACCUGGUCAGAAGAUAUGGGGCGAACCAAUUUCGGAAGAAGAAUUUGAUGACCUUACUACAGGUCAAAUGAUGCUACAAGAUCUAGUUGAGCGUCAAGGAAUACCGGUUUUUGAGAGUAUACCAAUUGCACUCAACUGCACUGCAAAAGUGUUGCGGGACAACAUUAGUGUGCAAGAUUUAGGCUUGAAUGAUUUUGCUCAACCUGUCAAAAUGGCCCAUGUUCAGCUAGGUGACAAACUUAUAAAGCUGAAAGAAGCAUUUGAUGCCCUAGACACUGAUAAUACAGGAGAGAUCAGUCUGGCAGAUGUUUGCAUGGCAUUUAGGAUUCUUACUGACCGAAAACUUUGUCUCUCGGACAUAAGGAAUAUCUUGGCUACUCAGACAGGUUUAAUAGGAGAUGACGUAAAGGAUGUACCCCUGGAACAAAUAAAAGUAAACUUUGAGCAGUUUUGUGCUAUCGUAGCAGAAUUCAAGUUUUGUGAAAAGUGGGCUAUGUCAUCCAGGCCACUGAGGUCCCUACCUCUUGGUGCUGCUGCAAACAGUCAAAACAGUUCAGUAAGGGAUGUUUACCUUGGAGGCUCAUGCCAUAACACAACAUGGAGAGAGGAUAUAGCAAUUCCCAUGCUGAAAAAGAAUGGCCUAACAUACCACAACCCUAAAGUUGGUCAGUGGAGUAAAAGACUUAUUCCUUUGGAGGCAGCUGCUAUGGACAACAGUUACGUUCUUUUGUUCAUAAUCUCAAAUACCUCGCGUUCUGUUGCUGCUAUGGCUGUGGCUGCUCACUACAUUGGAUUGGGCUGCAAUGUUGUACUGUGUGUACAACAUCUGGCAGAUGACUGUGUACUGGGCAGUGACAAACUUUCAAAGCAAGCAGUGAAGGAUUACAACAGAGGGCGGAUGUACCUGUCUGACUUAGCCAACAGGGAAGGCGUACCUGUGUAUGAUUCUAUUCCUGAAAGUGUAGAGUGUGUUAUCCAGAAGUGCAAUGCACGAUAGCACAAGCUCCAACUGCAAUUUGGCAGUGUUCAAACUUCAUGACAGGUGUUCCUAAGUCAACCAGUGAGCCAAUUGAAAAGUGUUACCACAGUGAUGCAGCUAUAAAAGUGAAUUGAAAAGUCUUAACAGCUAUUAUCCUCGAGACAGGUGUGUUGUGGUACAGUGUGCGGGUGCUCUCAGCAGAGCUGCCAGUCUGCUGCAAUCAGUGCGAUUGCAAUCAGUGUGAUUCAGUUACUGUUUUGUAUGUUGUGGUAUUAGCCGUAACUAUAUGCAUCUCACAAUCUGAAAAUGUCUGCCAUUAUAUUGAAUUGAAGUAGUGAAUAUUUAUUCAGAAAGAGCAAGGUGACAUCACGUGGUUGAGAUUUUGUGCUGUCUUGAUACUAUAAAAGAAGGUAGUGCUAUUAAUUUGAUGAAACAUCUCAAACUGCCAUUAUUAAAUAAUUCAAAUGAUUGGUGUUUCUGUGGAAACAUUGUUUUCGGUUUAUAGAUGUCCGUACUGUGGGAAGAGAUUUUAUUGGUAUUUUUUUAAAAAAGCAGCUAUUUUUAAAGUUUUUUUUCUCUAACAUCGAGCUUUAAGACAGUGACCUGCAUGUUUGGGGAAAAAUCCGAAGAACAAAGGAUGAGUGUUAGUAUGCCCACUGUCUGUACUAAUACGUCAAGACACUAUCCCAUCAUGGGGUACCUCACUGCUCACAUUUUACUAAUGCAGUUUCAAAAUUAAGGCAUCACAUUUAUACAUCAGUAUUGUUUUCAAUUCUCCUUACAUUUUGGUACAUGCACUACUUCACUCAGUCACUUCCAUAAAUUUCUUCCUAAAGAACUGUCUUUUAGCUUAAAACGAGAUGUGCAGAUUCCUAACUCGUAAUAAAUUAUUUAUUAUAUUUAUACUUACAUAUUAGGGGACUAAUGGUAUCUACUUAAUCAUGUUAAACUUGAAAUCUUCUUUCAUUUCUUUCCUCUUUUUUUUACUUCAUUUGAAUGUGAAAUUUUAGCUUCGGCAGCUUGUUCUCUGGCAGUGCCUCUGUACAAACUGUUAGUGUAGCUACCUCAGGAAGACAAGUGAGUAGGAUAUGGAAAAUAUUCAUGAUGCUAAUUAGUACUAGUGUUCCACUCUACACUUGCCCAUUAUGAAUAGGCCAGAGAAAGUUCAGUAUUUUACAGAAGUGAGUGACUUUUCAGGAACUGCGAAUCAUUUAAUUGUAGGGAUAAUUGAGGGAUUAAAUUAUUUGUAUUAAUCUUAGCAGAAAUUGACAUCACAUAGUUAUGGGAAGGGUUUCCCCUUUCAUUAAAUUUUUUAUGGUUAAGAUUCCUAAUAAUUUGACUUUAAUAGAUUGUUAGAUUCUGAUCUAGUACACUUAAUUCUCUUGUAUAAUACAAAUAUGAUGAUGUGUUUCGUAAUAUUGGUAACUAAUCAGAAUCCCUAUAAACUUCCCUCCAACUACAGUCAGCAUGAAUUUGGUUAUAUUUCUGUGUGAAAGAAAGAACCUUAUGUAUUCAAAGUUAACUUUUAUUAGAAAAACUCCUAACCCUCCUCCCCCACCUUGAAACACAGUUAUAAAAGGUAUGUAACUGCAUUGUGUGCAAGCCAUAUGGUCAAUACAUCCGAAAUAUUCUGCAUCCAGAUGAGAUGGUAUUAAGUUGAUGGAAAAUAUUCUGGAAGAGCAGAUGAAUGUUGAAAGUUUUAUUCUCUGGUGACUCACCAGAAGUUAAAAAUUACAGUGAACAGUUUUAUGUUGCAACUAAUACUAUUUGUUUCUCUUUAUCCAUUCCACAUUCCUUCCCUCCCUUAUCACAGUUUCCCUCUUUCCCAUUUUUGUGUAGUCACCAGUAAAGCUUAUAGUUGUAAAUUUUUAGCUAUUUUAAAUGCCUGAAAAUGUGUAGAAUGUUGUCAUUCACAAAGUACCUGACGAAUAUGUGAGGCAGUGUUUAAGUUAGAUGUCUGUACUUACAUGCAACUGCAUUUAUAUACUUUAGUCCAUGGAUAACGAAUGUUUGCGUGAAAAUACAUUUGUUUUUUUAGCAUACUGUUAUAUUUUGACAUGUGAUUUUCUUGUUCUUGUAGUUAUACUUCCUCCCAGUCAUACACAGAAAUUGUUUUAUGAGUUGUAAAGUUUUAUAUUGAUUAAAAAUUAAUUUACAGUCUGAAAGUAUUAUACUCAGAUAUUUCUGUUAAUUAUAAUUUUCAGAAUUAAUAACAGGAUGCUGCUAAUAUUGAAACUACCUAACUACUAUAAUUACUUGCAGAAUAUGUUGAUACAUUUGUACUGACAUUUCUUUUUUUAAAAAAAGAAAGAGUGUAAAAUACAGGAGACAAAUGUGGCAAUGGUGGGAGGUUCCUUUAAUGGUAGUGUUACCUUCAGAAGAGGAGGAAUUUAUGUAUUCUAGUUCAGUUUGCACUUAAAUAUGCCACUAGGUUUUUUAAGCAACUUCAAAUUGAAUAAAGAAUGUUGCCAGAAAUCACCUAACUGUAACAUAUUCUGAAAGUCUAUUAACAGAAAUCUAUUUUCAAUGUUAAAGUAAGAUAAAUCAGUAUUAUUACAGAUUAUAACUGGAAAACUAAAAAACAUUUCUUGCAUAUUAAGUACUUGAAAGUGGAAGAACUCAGAUAUUCUGUUGUAAGUUAGUACUUUCUCAAAAAUCCUGCAAUAAAUAUUUUAUUACAUCUUCUGGUACUUUAAAUGAGAGUCUUACACUAAGAAUUAUUUAUGUUGCAAGAUAAUGUUUCUCACAUAAUUUAUUUGCUCAUUAAACUAAAGCAUUUUUAAUAGAUUGUAUAAAUUUUUCUGUAAAUAUACUCUCUCAUUUACAAUAAUAAUUUGUCUCCAAUGUAUUUAUAAUGUUAAGGGCUUAACAGCAUUAUCUUCAUUACCAGCAAGAAUAACAAACUUGGCACGGAGGCAGAUGGACAGGAGAAAACACAAAAAAGUAUGUUAAAUAUUUUUUAUUGCAUCAGAUAUCACUGCAACAUUUAAGGUUACAUUUGGCAAGUCUUGGGUAGUUUAUUGAUAAACAUCAAUAGAAGUACUACCUUACAGUGAUGUUAUUUGCACUUUGCCUCCUGUGACCAUUAUUGGAAACACAUGGUGACAUUACAGUAAACAUGUACAGUGGUGGCUAUGAAUCAUUUCAAGACAGUUGUGCAUAUACUAUCAAGUGUACUUAUGAAAAGUCACAAUAGCUGACCAAAGUGACCUAAUUCUAGGUGCAAUUAUAUUGCAAUUUACUAACAAAUGGACAAAGUAUUCUAUUCAAAUAUGUGCCACACACAUUUAAGUAGUUCAUUUUCCAGUCUUGCCACCAUGAGUGCACACAGACUUAUUGUCUC